GUGGGCGGUGCAGGUGUGGGUCUGGGCGGGUAACGCCCUGCGGCGAGGCGGCGCUUGCGGAGGCGUCAGGGGCGGGGCCCGGAGCUAAAUGCCUUAGCGGCUCCGUGGGCCCAGGCAGUGUUCCCUGCGCUUUGCUUUGCUGCGGUCCAGCUUCUUACGCGGAGGCCCCUAUUUAUGAGAACUAAUUUUGUGUUUUACGGAAGAGCCACUGCUGAUACUUGAAGGAGAAAUCUGCUCUUUUUGUCUCAACGAAACUUCAAACUUGGAAACAAAAUGGAAAAAAACAGCAUGGAAGAGUUUCAGCAAAGCACUGUUGCCCGCAAGAAUGUGAUUGAGUUCAGACCUCCAUUAUACAAACAAAGAUACUUCUUUGUUAAGGAUAUAGUGAAUCAAUAUAAACCCAAGAAGGUGGCAGACUUGGGGUGUGGUAAUGCCACACUCUUAUGCAUGCUGAAAUUCCACAGCUGUGUUCAAGAACUUGUUGGGGUAGAUCUCCUCAUGGACCGUCUAUUGGAUUGGAACAGUGAUAGGUUGUCUCCAUCAGUAGGGGAUCAUUUAGGUCCUAGGGACCUUGAUUUGAGUAUUGUCUUGUAUCGUGGCUCUGCUGUAGAGAAAGACUCCCGUUUGCUUGGAUUUGACUUGAUAACAUGUAUUGAAUUAAUAGAACAUUUGGAUUCUGAAGAUCUGGCCAAGUUUCCCGAAGUCGUAUUUGGGUACUUUUCUCCAGGUAUGGUUGUCAUCAGCACACCAAACUCAGAUUUCAAUCCCCUGUUUCCAGCAUCAACCUUUAGAAAUUCAGAUCACAAGUUUGAGUGGAACCAAAAGCAGUUUCAGCACUGGGCUUCAAAUGUGGCAAAACUCUACAAUUACACUGUAGAGUUUACUGGUGUGGGUGCUCCACCACCAUGGGCUAAGCAUGUUGGAUACUGUACCCAGAUAGGGAUCUUCAAGAAAAAGCAACCAGAGCCUGGCAGCUGGAUCGUGGCAAAACCAACUGGAUCCUCGGAUUCACAGCCAGAGGAACACACUUAUCAAGUUUUUGGCAUUUCUAUUUGCCUUCAGGUUUUCACAGCCUCAUUCCCGAGUUUGCAGCAAAAACACUUCCUCUUGUUUGUACUGUGUACGGAGGUGUUAAAAGAAGUCGAAGCCAUAAGACAGAAGUAUGUCUGGAUUCUCAAGAGAAAGGAAUCCAAUGAACCCGAGUCUGAAGAAGACAUUGACAGGAGCCUGGUCAGACGGCCUGGGUUAUUCCUCACUGAUGCCCAAGUAGCCCAAAUAGAGAAGUCCCCCAAACCCUACUCUGUGGGAAAGAGGUUUUAUGUACCCCUGAAAAGACUCAUUGGUUAUCCGAAGGUGAACCGCUUAGUUGGUGAUGUGUCCACGCUGAGAACACUCCUUGCUGAAGGAAUUCCAACACGACUGAACAGAGCUCAUACUUCGGUGCUGAUCGACUUGGACCCUUACGAUUACCCUCGUGAUUACUAUUCAUGAGCAGGACUUGUCCUUAUGUCCUAAAAUUCCAGGUCUUAAGGAUAGUUAGGCUCAUUUAGAAAAAUUUAUAGUCAUAAUGUAUGUAGGUAGCUUAAUUUUGAUAUUAACCUUGUUAACGUGUUUUUUUAAAUAUGCUUUUUGGGGGGAUGGUGUAAGUUAACAAUGUGCUAGUUCAGGUUUGUUAGACCCAUGUUGAAUGACAUUAAAAUUUUUAAAAAUAAGUUGAAUUAUCGAUGUUUAAA